CGUAUUAACCAAAUAAUCCGAAGUAAGAUCCCUUCAGUUUUAAAUGAAAAUGGUUAUAUAGAAUGACACUUUCUGUGGGACGAAAAAUAUGGAAGUUGAUGUACAGUUUUACAAUUCUAGCAGGUUCUUGGACAGUCUCUUCAGCUGCCAUCUGCGAGUUUCCUGACGAGCUACAAGGAAUAUGGUAUAGUUCUCACAAAGGCAAUCUUAAUUUUAAUGGUACAGAGGUAUUGGGUUAUCCUAUAGCUAUGUCAGCUACCGUUAGCGAACUCAACUUCAACUGUACGGAGAAAAAUGGAGAUUAUUAUCUUUUAAUGGCUGAUAGAUAUGUGUUUACGCUGAACACCAACGUGCGAGCAUACAUAUGUUUAAGGCUCCAUCGUGUGUCGGCAUAUAAAUAUUAUUAUUAUCUUGGAUCAACACUGACAACUAUAUAUGACUAUGUGUACGGAGUAUUAGAAGGGCAACCAGUGACGUUGUCAGAAGCUUGUGAUCGCACGGAGCCAUACGAAGAGAGCACAUUUAUAACUCUUAUAAAGAAUGAUACAGGUAUAAUCCCUGCAAUGACUGAAUCAAGCUGUCCAUCCCAGUUUCUGGCCAGUUAUUCUAAUGUUUUGAUAACAGACACUAGUGGAUCAACAACUUGUGACGGCAAUAGUGUUGACGGCUGUAGCAGCAACCUAACAGCGAUGUCAUAUACAUAUCAGGCUUGCUCCUCUGGUCUCGUGUUCAAUUCGGCAGGAUCAGUGUCCUGUAUUUAUUACCUGACAAGUAAUGGUAUUACAUAUCUACACACCUGGAAUAAUGACGUCACUGUCGACGAUUCUACUACUUACAGAAUGGUUUGUUACGCAAUGAAAUCUAUUGGAAGUACAGUUUAUGCCACAGUUUAUCCACAUUUUUGUAGUGAUGUAAAACAAAAUCAUUCUGAUGUAGCAUCGCCUGGAAUAAAGCUACAGUUCUCACAGUCUACACAAACUUGUGCGACGUCCGUGACAGAUUAUAACUAUGCUGGAUACAUAUUCCUCAUUAUUAUAAUGACAAUACUGAUCUCGAUCCUUGUUAUUGGAGGAUGCAUAUUGUAUAAAAAGCUCAAAGAUGGAGAUAAAACACUGAAAGAUACACUGUGUUGUUGGCGGCAUAAACAUCAAAUCCAAAAUCAAGAUCAACUAGAGCUUUCUGGAAGAGAUUUCCCUCGAAUAAAGACAGCUAAACUUAGGAAAGUUAUAUAAUAAUCGUGUAACGUUUCCGGCUCAGCAAACGAUAGCGAAUUAUAUUUGGAACUAGCAUGAUUAGACUACAAGUUAUCAUUCCAUAAUUUGUCCUUGUAAUGAAGAAAUAAA